UUUCGACAGCUGAUUCGAGAAUCCAACGUGGUGAUCUCCAAUGUUUGACUCCAGCAGCCAUGUUAAAGGCUCCUGAUUUCAUUAAAUGCAUAUUUUUCAGCGAGUUUCACCCAAAGAAAGGACCUAAAAUAACAUAUCAGGUGCCUUCAAAUUACAUUAGUAAAGAAGUCUUUGAUGCUGUCCAUGUUUAUAUCAUAACAAAACCUGAUCUUCAGAACAGACUGAUUACAAUAAAUGCUCUUGGCCAUAAGAUUGUUGGAUGCCCAGUUUGCAUUGAUGAUCACAAAUAUAAACGCAAUGCCCUUAUAUUCAACCUGUGCCUGGUCUUUGAUGUCUUAACUCAAACAUGCAAAUAUGAGAUAGUGGUAAAGAAACUGGCAACUUACCUGACACAGCUAGAGCUUGAGAGAGAAUUUCUGUCAAAUGCAGACAGUAAACAGAGGUUACCGGAAAUAUUGCAAGAAAUUCUCACCAAGCUAAAUAUGUGUGGCCACUGCAGCAUACCUAUGAGUGAGAGCAAUACAAUACACCUUAAGGUUUCCCCAUGCGUGACCGAUUUACCUAUGAUAGAAGAGCAGGAUGUCCCAAUAUUGUUACCUGAUCACUCAGGCCCUAACCUGCAUCACUGGGAUCUCACCACACAACAGAUCAUUGGGUAUAUAGAUGGCUUUAAUCAUGUGCUCCGGAUUGCUUCAGAGGCUGAUGUUGAAAUAAAUCUUGUCAAGGCUUGCGUACAAAACCUUUUACAUUACAAGGUAGUAAAAAUAAUCAGUAUUUUUCAGUAUUCUAAUGUAUACACAGCAACACCAGAUGUCACAGAGUUAUCUGAGAGCAAAGAAUUACAAGAAGAGUGUCUCAAGUUUGUUGCUAGUCAUGGUCGCAACUUGCCUUAUUUCCGUGAUGUAUUUAAGCUGUACAGCAACCUCACUCCAGGGACAACAGUUAGAGAUUUGUGUUCUAGGUACAACCCCCAUGGCCUUAGGAUUGAUGAAAAGAAACUUACACAGUAUGGAUUGAUGAAAGGGUAUAUAAGGCGGCUAAACAAAUAUCCAGUAAAGCUGCUGGAUUCGGAUUACAAAGGGAAACAACUCUAUCAAUGGUGCAAUGGCUGCCAUAAUUAUGAUGAAAUUUGCUGUAAGACAGGGUUGAGUGCCCAAGAGUUAGACGAGAAACUGGAAGGAGAUCCCAGUAUUGUGAUAAUAUGGAAGUGACACCUGAGGAAAACAUGGGCAGGUAUUCUCUGGAUAAUUUAAAUCUACAAGAGUAAGGCUUUAAUCAUCAGCCUGAUGAGUUGGCUGAAUGAGGAUCUCUUUUUAAUGAACAUCAGGCUCAAUGAUUUUAAACCCAUGAGGUAAUGGGGGAAAAAUACUGCAUAAUGAAUGUAUUUGCAUUCAUACUUUUUGACAAUGUCCAUCCUCGUCUUUAUAAUGAGCAUAGACACAUUUAUAGAAAAAAAAAUUAAUGUAAAUACAUUUUUCUCCUUUGUGGCUCUCAAGUUUCAAGCAAAAAAACACUUUGAUCAUAAUGCUCAAAAAUGUUUUGAAAAAAACUUAUACAUUUAGUAAAUAAUUGUUUUACACUAUGUUUGUGAUGUCAGGAAUUUUAAUAUUUUACUGUAAUAUUAGAUGUUAAUAUUUGUAUCAGUCAUAUUUGAGGGUAAACUCUUCAAUUGUUUAUAUUAUAAAUGACUUGAGAAGUUCUCACCGAUUUCAUAUAAUGUUGUGUUUUGAUACUGCUGUCUCAUAUGUCCUCAUGGUAUAUACUUAUGGCAGGGCAAGACUUGAUUUACCUGUACAACAAUCUUUAAUUCUGGGCAUAGAAGUUUCUGAGUUUGCAUUUGUUAUUUAAAUUAAGUAAUUCUCAUGAUCACAAUGUAGUUGUGGGAUGGGGCACAGAAAUGUAUUCUGUACUAUCAGUAUAUUCAACAACCAGAUGUUAACCAGACCCAUUCAUCUGCAAGUAUUUUUUUUAUGCUCACCUAUAGAAUCUGUGUGCAUGUUUCAUAUGACAACAAGGUAUCCAUCUGUGUUAAAUGUACUUUUAAAUCUAGCACAAAAUUGACUGUCUCUGCAGGUAACUUUGACCUUCACUAAACUUAAAAGACUUAGGUCCCAGUAUGAAAUUUUUGUAUUUUUUCACCCCAGCCGUUAUAGUUUCUAUAACAUAUUGUACUCAUCGGCCAGUGUUUGCAUGUAUGUAAUUUAAUCAAUUUUGAUGUCAAUUGUUCACCUCAUCAAUAUUUUGAAUUUAAUUUACAAAUAAUGGGCAUUGUAAACAUGUUACAUUUUUAAUGGCAUUGUGCCUUUCAGGAGUUCAUGGAUGUUGCAUUUUGAGCAGAAUUACUUGCCAGUAAUGUUUUUAUCUCCUCUGCCUGCGUGUGUAGGUUUUGAUUUUAAUAUUAACAUCUUAUCCAAUCAUAAUAUACUUGUCUUUUUAUAUUUUGAAAAGGGAACCUUUCACGUUAAAUUUAGUGUCAUAUUAUUUUCUCCUACAUUCUUUUGUUCAUGGUAUGAUGGCAUAAACUGUAAAUGUAAACUGAAUCAAAUGCAUAAUAAAUAAUGAA